GUUUGUGCUUAUUAAUUGGUUCGAAUUUCAAAACUUCCUUUCCAUUUACUUUUGUUGAAGCUUCUCCUUCUUUCCUUUCUUUCCUUCCUUCCUUUCUUUCUACCUUCCUUCCUUCAUAGCCCUGGUGUUUGAACUGGUUAAUGGAUAUUGAUCUCUUGUGGGCUUCUGGGGGGUGGUUUCUAGGUCCUGAUUGCAUGGCAGCAACUACAACAUCAAUCGAAGGAAGGUCGCAAGCUCUGCUUCUCUUUCUUGGCAUCCUCUUCAUCAUUCUUCUAUUAGCUACACCUUCAGACCAGUCAAGGAUGAUCAUGUCCAUGGCUUCUUCUUUACCAACAAAAAAGCAUCUCUCUGAGUCUUCAUCCACUACAGCUACUACUACUACUACUUCUACUUCUCAAACCACCAUGGAUUUGCAUCCACACAAUACCAAAACUACCCACCAUAGUUCUUCUUCAAGACAGUUUGAAGCAGGCGAACAUGAAGUCCCAAGUGGUCCAAACCCCAUCUCCAACAGGUUCAAAGGGUUAUCAAGCACACAAGGUUCCUACCACUCUGGGGUCUUGCGGGUCUUCAUAGUGUAUGCAAAUUUCUCCUAUUUUGUAUAGGGACUGUUUCCUAACUUGGAUUUCUCUUGGGUUCAAUAGCUGAUGAAACUUAAUUAGGGAUUACCGGAAUAUUUCUACUAAUAGAUAUUUUUUUUUUUAGGCUAAAGUCUUAAUUAUAUUUGAUUUAUCAAUCCAAGAGCUCUUAUUGAAUUGAUCAUUCUUUGAGUACUAUUCUCAAUAUUUAAAAUUCUCCCCUCCCCCAAUAGUGGGUGUGAUCAAUUUAUUUAUUGAUCCAAAUUUAUGGAGAAAUAAACUAGAUAUUUGGUGUGGGAAAACAUAUAAUUCUUCAAAAAAAUACUAUAGUUAGCUAGUAUAAUUGUGCAAGACCCCAAAGAGAGUUCAUGAAAGAUGUAUCUUAAUUCUCAUCAAUGGGCACAAUCAUCUGGUACUGUUAAUUUCCUUUUUCAUGGUUUUACCUGACAGAAAUGAAGCCUAAAUAUAUAGUGUAGAUUGUUAUGUAGCAUUUCCUCACACAUUUAGGGCAGAUUGCUGCUUGAUAGCUAAUAAAAUAUUUGUUCAGUGAGAAACA